AUGCGUCAGGUUCUGAGCGGGCGUGUUCGGCGACGAAGGGCAGCAAGAAGGCGCUUCUGGAAGCGGCCUGGGAGGACAAGCAAAUGGUGGGAUAACUUUGUGGCUGAUGUGGUCGAUGGCGAUGAAUGGAGGGAAAAUUUUCGAAUGUCCAAAACAUCUCUUGUAGCCCUGUGCGAGGAACUUCGCCCUUACAUCGAUGGUGAAAAUACAACCAUGAGAGCGCCGGUGGAUGCACUCACAAAGGUGGCGUGUACAAUUUAUUACUUAAGUGAUGAGGGCAGACUGCGGAAAACGGCCAAUGCUUUCGGUUUGUCACGGGCAACUGUGUCGAUAAUUAUCAGGCAAACCUGCCACGCCAUCUCUGUUCACCUCGGACCAAAAUACAUACAGCUGCCGUUCACCGAACCAGAGGCACAAAGGCUCGUAAACGGAUUCCAAGAUGCUCACGGUAUGCCGCAGUGUUUGGGAGCCAUCGACGGAACACACAUCGGCAUUAAACAACCAUCAGCUAACUCCACAGACUACAUUAACAGGAAAGGUAAUUAUUCCCUAAAUGUUCAAGCGGUCUGUGAUUAUAAAUACAGAUUCAUGGACGUUGUUAUCAAGUGGCCUGGAAGUGUGCACGAUGCCCGCGUCUUUGCGAACUCAAAAAUAAACACUUAUUUCAAGACUGGUAAAAUCCCUGCCCUAGCAAAGCAAAUUGUUGAUGAUGAGGAACCGGUUCCAAUUUUUCUUCUGGGGGACCCCGCUUACCCUUUAUUGCCGUACCUCAUGAAGGAAUACUCAAACGGUGGUUCAACUGCACAGGAACAGUAUUUUGGACUUUGUUUGUGUCGAGCGCGAAUGGUUAUAGAGUGUGCCUUUGGCAGACUCAAGGCCCGAUUUGCAGCACUCAGGCGACCAAUGGACAUUAACCUAAAGGACUUGCCCCAUGUGAUUUACGCAUGUUUUGUCCUACACAAUUACUGCGAGGCCGCACAAGAGACUGUGGAUGCACAAUGUGUGCGUAACGCCAUAGAUAUCGACCACGACUGGCAGCCUCGCACACAGAAUAAUAGAUAUGUGACGGACUGCAAUGAAAGUGCUGGGAAACGUGUGAGAAGAAUUGUCACAAAGUACCUCGAUCCAUGA